GCCCCACGAAGGACCAGAACAAGACAGAGUGCCUCCCACCAAUCCAAACAUGAGCCGCCUGCCCGUCCUGCUCCUGCUCCAUCUCCUGGUCAGCCCCGGACUCCAAGCUCCCAUGACCCAGACAACGUCCUUGAAGACAAGCUGGGCUAACUGCUCUAACAUGAUCGAUGAAAUUAUAACACACUUAAACCAGCCACCUUUGCCUUCGCCGGACUUCAACAACCUCAAUGAGGAAGACCAAACCAUUCUGGUGGAAAAAAACCUUCGAAGGUCAAACCUGGAGGCAUUCAGUAAGGCUGUCAAGAGUUUACAGAACGCAUCAGCAAUCGAGAGCAUUCUUAAGAAUCUCCCACCAUGCCUGCCCAUGGCCACGGCCGCACCCACGCGACCUCCAAUCCGUAUCACGAACGGUGACUGGAAUGACUUCCGGAGGAAACUGAAGUUCUAUCUGAAAACCCUUGACAAUGAGCAGGCUCAAUAGACGACUCUGAGCCUCGAGAUCUCUUGAGUCCAACGUCCAGCUCGUUCUCUGGGUCUUCUCACCACAGAGCUUCA